AUCGAUGUUAUUAUCGUCCUUCAAUAUUUAAUAUAUUUUGUAUAUUUCUUGAGAUUUUAUAAUAUUGAUUUGUCAUUUGUAUGUGUCAUGUGAACCGUGGUCCGUGAAGCUUUAUUAUAUUAUUUCUUAGUGAAUUUUGGUUUCAUUUUACUUAAAUCAUUUUCGUGUUUAUUUUUAAUGGUUAUUUGUGAAUAGUGAAUACCUAGUAAAUAUAUCUAAAUAUUUUAACAUUGGUAUUGUGUUUUAUUGGUAAAUAUGAACAAAUUCGUUAUUAAACUGUCCAAGGACAAAAGCAAUGAAACUGUAGCUAUUCUGAAGUUGGAUGAUCAGCAAAUCACUUCACACAAAAAAAUUAAAAUGGACACAUGUUACGAAUCAUCUAAAACAGAAAAUAAACUUACUACUGCUUCUAAUACAAUUUCAAAGAACACAAUGUCAAUGGAAGAUGAAUCAUUGGAUACUUUACAUGUAGAAAGUCCCAACAAGUCAACAUUAAGUAAACCUAUUAUUGAUACAAAUCGUGAUCCUUGUCAAGGUAAGGAAAAUGCAUAUUAUUUAUUAUCGAACGGUUUUGGUCCGUAUCAACCUAAAAAUUAUGAUUUUCCAAAACGUGGAGGUAGAAAGUUUCGAUCAGAAUGGUUCAUAUCUUUUCCUUGGCUAGAAUACAGUCCUAGUAAAGAUUCAGCAUAUUGUUUUUAUUGUCGUGCCUUCCCAUCUAAUAAAUCAGAUAUAACAUUUAUUAGCGAAGGUUUUCGUCAGUGGUCAAAGGCUUGUUUUAAAUCUUUUCCAAAGCAUGAACAAUCAGUACCACAUAAAGAAUCUAUUACAAAAAUAGCUGGAUAUAACGAAGCUAAAAAAUCUGGUAGUAUAAUCAAUAAAGUUAAUACACAAUAUAAUCAAGAAGUUGCUGAAAAUAGGGAAUAUUUAAAGUGUGUUUUAGAAACCUUGCUUUUCUGUGCCCGACAAGGUAUUGCCAUAAGAGGACAUAGAGAAAAUGAAGAGUCUCAAAAUAAAGGCAAUUUUCAAGAAUUAUUAAAUCUUCGUUCUAGAGAUAAUGAUAUUAUAAGACGUUAUUUUACUGAAAAAGAAAAAAACUUUCGGUAUGUGAGUGGUGAAUAUUUAAAUGAGUUUCUUGGAUAUAUGGCUAAUAUUGUUAUCAGAGAUAUUGUGGAUAAUGUGUUAAUUGCUAAUAUUUUUAGUAUAAUUGUUGAUGAAACACAAGAUUUAUCAAGGCACGAACAAGUUGCAAUUAUUUUAAGAUAUGUUAAUAAUGAUUUUUCCCCAAUUGAAGCUUUUUUAGGAUUUUAUAAAGUUGAGAGUACUGAUGGUUUAACACUUUCUUUAUUAAUAAAAAAUGUUCUUAUUUCUAAUGGAUUACAACUUGAGUGUUUAAGAGGACAAUGCUACGAUGGAGCAGCAUCCAUGCGAGGUGCUUACAAAGGAGUCCAGUCAAGAAUUAAGGAAGAAAAUCCUUUGGCUUUAUAUGUUCACUGUAAUGCACACAUACUUAACUUAUGUCUUGUUGAUCUAUCUAAACAAAUAUCUCAUGUAAGAAAUGUAUUUGGUACUUUAAGUACUUUACAUAAUUUCAUUAAUGCUUCAUCUAAAAGACAAGCGGUAUUUGACAAUAUGCGUUCAAAGUUAAAUAUGAAAAUGGGUGAUGGGCCAUCUACUUUGAAAAGUCUUAGCGAUACUCGUUGGAGUUGUCGAAUAGAUGCUUUAGAGUCUCUUAUAUUUAAUUACCAAGUUGUGAUUGACUCGUUGGAAAAUAUUUCAGAAAAUGAUUCUAUACAUGGGUCAGAUGCAAAUUCAUUGUUAAAAUCAAUGAAAACAUUUGAAUUUUUAUUUUGUGUUCAUUUUUUCAGAGAUAUUAUGUCCAUUACCAAUAUUUUGUCAAAAUAUCUACAGAGUUCCAAUAUUGACUAUUCUAGUGUACAGCAUAUGACCAAAGCAACUAUUCAAGAACUCUCUAAUAUGCGAUGUGAAGAUAAAUUUGAUAUGAUAUGGAGUAAAGCUAAUGUUAUGAGGAUAGAUAAUGAAAUAUGUUCCCCAAUACUAAGUAGAAAAUCAAAAGUUCCUAAAAAACUUGGUGGAGGUUUAAAACAAAAUGAAAACUGUAAUGUUAAAGAUCAUUAUAAAAUAAACAUAUACUUCCAAGUUCUUGAUACUAUAAUAAGUGAUAUGAAAGAAAGAUUUAAAGAAAAUGACAUACAUAUUUUAAACUGUAUGCAAGAUAUAAUAGUAAAUGAACCAAUAAAGUUCACUUCAUUUCAAGAUGUUAGUACAAUGUAUGGUUUUAAUGAAAGUGAACUCAAGGCUGAAACAAAGAUAUUCAAUAGGAUGUACAAAAGCCUGAAUACUGAAAAUACUAUCCAAUCUAAAAUAAAAUAUAUGAGGUCAGGCGAUAAUGCUAUUGGGUUUCCAACAUUGGCAAAAUUAUAUAAACUUUUUUUAACUAUACCAUCAAAUUCUGCAGCAUGUGAAAGAAGCUUUUCUUGUCUCCGACGAUUAAAAAACUACUUAAGAAGUACUAUGGGACAAUCUAGAUUAAAUCAUUUAGGAAUUUUACAAAUAGAACGUGAAAGAUCGUUAAAUAUUAAUAACGAUGAAGUCAUAAAACAAUUUGACUCAUCUACAAUACCACGUCGUUUAAAGUUUAAUAAUUUUUAAAACUAAAUUGUUAUUCUUAAAAUAGUAUUGUUUUGUAUUAUAUUUUUUUAUAAUAUAAGUUAUGAAUUAAUUAAUAUUUAUGAGUAAUGUUAUGAUAUAAGUUAUGAGUGUAUUAGUUAUUAAGUACCAAAAGUAAAAAAAAUAAAUAUUGUAGUAACCAAGUGGUGUACCUAUUAAUAAUUACUAUAAAUAGGUACAUUAAAAGAACAACUAACAAUGAUACUGUUGUAGUUUUAAAAUUAUAAACAGUUGUAAUUAUUAUUAUAUUAUAAUUGUAAAUGGUUAUGUGAUUUAA